GCGGGGUUGAGAGACCUGGUUGAGUAGCAAGCUAUUUUGAGAAUGACAUUGCUAGUAGCUUUAGCUGUUGUGCUGUCGUGCUGUCUACGAGUCAAUGUGGCCAGCUGUCUGCCUGUGAUAAGCAUCGACGAAAACAAAGAGCGUUCUGUUGCUAUUUGCAUUUCACAAAUAUCGGGUGAAAUUCAAAGCGUCUCUGGUCAAGUCAAUGGAAGACAAGUCAAACACGAAGUUGUGGGUGCAACACAGCCAGAUGGGUGCUAUGCAGAGGAGAGCGGUGUCCAUGUACAGCAAACGCCUCAAGGAGGAGUGAGUGUGGACAGAACAAUGAGAUGCCAAUCAAAUUACUGGCAUCACGAGAACAAGCUCAUCAUCAGAGUUAAGGACGUUUUCACACCCUCACCAAGCACCGUUAGUGUUACAUGGCAAGUUACUGUUGAAUCAACAGAGAUGAAAUUCUGGACUACUGCCAUAGACACUUCAAUAGUUUGGAACAACUACUCAAAUUCACUGUUUUGGACAGGUGGACCUCUAAACGAAAUGCCUCUAAAUGAAUCAUACAACCCAUUAGACCCAAUCAAGUUACCAACAAAAUCGAGUAAUUAUUUCAGGUAUGGUGGUGGAAAAACUGACAUUCGUGACCCACAAGUUGUAGUAUCUCCAUCAAUGGCAAUACCUGUUGCAACUCGCAUUAAUCCACAAGAUGACACAGGUGUGAGCAUUUUAUUCUCUCCUGAAGACUCUCCUGUUUACUCUCUGCUCAAUUCUUAUUCAUUUGGUUCUAACUUUGAGAUGGCCGUCUUCAACUAUUCGCGUCAAUACCACCGACUGGGAAAUAUGUCUACAGCAGUGGUCUUUACACAAGACAUUAUCAUUCAUGAAGGCUGCUGGAGGGCCCCAUUAGCUUGGAUGACCGAGAAAUAUAUAGAGUACUUUCGGCCAGAUCAACGAGUUGACACUUACUCUUUGGAUGGUGCAGGGGCAUAUGCAGACUACAAUGGAUUCCAGUUAGAUUCUGACAAGUUUGAUAACAUGGAUUUUACUGUCAACUGGGACGCUACCUUUCCAUACCCGUAUCAUGGCAUGUGGCUCCCUUACUCCCCCUUCUACUCAAGUCCAUGGCUCACCUGCUUUCCUCAUCAUCUACAGAACGGCACGUCACAACCAUGUAUCAAUCUUACUUACUCUAACGUAGAUUCCUACUACCAAACACUAAGGUCAGCUGGAUUCCAUAGCCUGGCUUACGCUAAUCUGUUUGAAUACGGUUUUAAUAUCGUGGAACUUAAUGCAACUCUCGACUGUCCCCCUAAUGCUACAAAUCAAACAAAGAUUACUUGUGACUCUAACCAUUUUCUUCGUCAAAACUUUUCAUCAGCUAUAUUGAGAGACAGAAAGACGAAUAAGAUGAUAUAUGGAGGAGAUGGUGUAUCAAUCAUUAUGGAUCCGGGAACUGACGUGUAUCAAACUCAUAUUUUAAAUAUGGCUAAAACCAUCAUAACAAAGACGUCCUGUGAAGGAAUUGCUAUUGAUCGUCAAGACUGGAUAGGAUACGUUAACCCUCAUCGAGACGAUGGACGCACGUGGUUUGCCACUCCUGACACCGACGGUUCGGUUAGUCAAGCCAUGAUCUUCUCUUGGAAAGAAACCAUGUCGGUUCUGGCGGCGCUGAUGCACAAGGCUGGAAGAGCCAUAUUUAUCAACGAUCACACCUACAGAUUGGACAUGAUGCAAAACGUUGAUGGAUUUUAUGACGAAUUUGGAGAUAACAAUGCCAAAAUGAUGGCCACGUCUCUAUUGUCUAUUGGUGGUAAGCCUGCAAUAGCUUGGAAUCACGACACAACAACAGAUCUAGACGAAUUUCUGCAGCGGCAUCUAUUCUGGGGAGUCUACCCAACAGUUCCGUUCCCUACAAACGACCAUUCAAUUAAUCCGAGUUCGUCUGUUGAUGUCUUCUUUGAAGACUAUGGACCUCUGUUUGCUGCCUUGCGGGGUAAGCGAUGGGUUCUCGAUGUGCAUGCUGUAGCUCUCACCAACAACAGUGCUCAAGCAAACGUCUAUCAAACAAAGAAUUCGUUCGUCGUUGCUGUGGUUUUUGGCCAAGAAAGCGAGUCUGAAGUAGAGAUCCUAUUGAAGAUUAAGGAAAUACAAGCAAAGCCAAAAAGAUUGGCGGCCUUGUAUCCGGGCUCUAGAGACCAACAUGAGCUUGGCAGGGCUACGUAUAGCAAUGGCGCACUGACCAUUAUUGUCAAGCUUUCGCGCGGUUGUGCGCUUUUGCUGAUUGAACCAAUCUAGUAUAGAUGUGUUACGAACGGAAGGCAGCCUGAGGUGUUUUGAUAACCCCAUGCAUGAAGUAUACACGUUCCUCGUCUAGGAUCUAUCUAACUGUUGCGAUAUGUACAUUCUUAAAAUGUAGUUCUUACGAGUUUGCACUUUGUCAAUUGGUUGUACUCUUUUACUGCGAACAGCUAUAUAUCGUGCAGACAGGAGGAGCACAUGCAGGAACACAGCACGGCUAUACCGCUUUGAUGUGUUCAUGCACCGUAUUGUGACCAGUGGCGUAUACUAGCCACAUUUACGACCAUCCUGAAAUAUAUUCAAAAUCUGUUGCAAGUCAAAAAU